AUGCGCAAGAAGGCCGCGCUACCGCACAAGGAGGUUUCGGCUUCUGAAUUUUACAAACAUAUCGAGUCGGAGGGGCUACCGGAGCCACGGCGAAUGAAGCAGCUCCUGACGUGGUGCGGCGAGAGGUCCUUGUCAGAAAAGCCACCGCUGGGAUCAAGGAAUUCCGGAGCUAUACUAGGAGCACGAGCGAUACAAGACCAACUUCUGAAGGACUUCCAAUCUAAAUCACAGUUCUCCAACUGGUUCGACCGAGAAGACGCACCCGUUGUUGAGGCUAUAAAACAGCCGAACCCGAGGAAUAUCGAACACGCGCUCAAAAUCGAACAAUUGGAAGAGAGGAUAAAGAGAUUACGAGAACAAAAGAAGAUGUGGCUUUCUCUGAAAAAGGUUGGGCCAGAUCUCGAACCGUUGUUCCAGGAUACCGAGGACGCCUCCCAGCUUCCACCGCCAGACGAGUCGCUUCUAGACCCUAACGAGGCUAGAAUGUUGCAGGCUCUGGCGGGGAAUGAUUCUUCCUUCGAGAAACUACAAGCACAGACGACAAGCUGCAUGCAAAACGCCCAGGCGAAGCUGCAGUUCAGGAUAGACGUUUUGGCAGACAGCGUACACAAGCUUGAAAGAAGAGUCACGACGGCGGGACGGGAGGCGGACCAAGUAUUAGAGCGCAGCGCGGCGCGGUUAAAAGAAAGGGACGAAAGAGAAAAGCGGGCGUCGGGGACGAGGGAUUUGCCAAUAAUGGAGGUGAUCCGCAGCCUCUCGCGGAUACUUCCCCCAGAAGACAGGUGA